AUGCAGAUUUUCGUUAAGACUCUUACCGGCAAGACCAUCACGCUCGAGGUCGAGUCGUCCGACACCAUCGAUAACGUGAAGGCCAAGAUUCAGGACAAGGAGGGCAUCCCUCCCGACCAGCAACGCCUGAUCUUUGCGGGCAAGCAGCUCGAAGACGGUCGCACGCUCUCAGACUAUAACAUCCAGAAAGAGUCCACCCUCCACCUUGUCCUCCGCCUUCGUGGCGGCAUGCAGAUCUUUGUCAAGACCCUCACGGGCAAGACGAUCACGCUCGAGGUCGAGUCGUCCGAUACGAUUGACAACGUGAAGGCGAAGAUUCAAGACAAGGAGGGCAUCCCUCCCGAUCAGCAGCGUCUCAUCUUUGCCGGCAAGCAGCUCGAGGACGGUCGUACCUUGUCCGACUAUAACAUCCAGAAGGAGUCGACUCUUCAUCUCGUCCUUCGCCUCCGUGGUGGGAUGCAGAUCUUCGUGAAGACUCUCACAGGAAAGACCAUCACUCUGGAGGUCGAGAGCUCGGAUACGAUCGACAACGUCAAGGCCAAGAUCCAAGACAAGGAGGGUAUCCCUCCGGACCAGCAGCGCCUGAUCUUCGCAGGCAAGCAGUUGGAGGAUGGACGUACCUUGUCCGACUACAACAUUCAGAAGGAGUCGACUCUUCAUCUCGUCCUUCGUCUCCGCGGUGGAAUGCAGAUCUUCGUGAAGACCCUUACUGGAAAGACGAUCACGCUGGAGGUUGAGUCGUCGGAUACCAUCGACAAUGUGAAGGCGAAGAUCCAGGAUAAGGAGGGCAUCCCUCCCGACCAGCAACGUCUCAUCUUCGCUGGGAAGCAGCUCGAGGAUGGUCGUACGUUGUCCGACUACAACAUCCAGAAGGAGUCGACGCUCCACCUUGUCCUUCGUCUGCGUGGCGGCAUGCAGAUUUUCGUCAAAACCCUUACGGGUAAGACGAUCACGUUGGAAGUCGAGUCUUCGGACACGAUUGACAACGUGAAGGCGAAAAUCCAGGAUAAGGAGGGUAUCCCUCCGGAUCAGCAGCGUCUGAUCUUCGCCGGAAAGCAGCUCGAGGAUGGGCGCACGCUCUCGGAUUACAACAUCCAGAAGGAGUCUACGUUGCAUCUGGUGCUCCGUUUGCGCGGAGGUAUGCAAAUCUUCGUGAAGACGCUGACUGGGAAGACGAUCACGUUGGAGGUCGAGUCGUCGGACACCAUCGACAACGUGAAGGCGAAGAUUCAGGACAAGGAGGGCAUCCCCCCUGACCAGCAACGCCUCAUCUUCGCCGGCAAGCAGCUGGAGGAUGGUAGGACGCUUUCGGAUUACAACAUCCAGAAGGAGUCGACCCUCCAUCUUGUCCUCCGUCUCCGUGGCGGCAACUGAGUGUGCCAUCGCCCAGUCCGUAGAUCAUCCUUUCUUUUCCUUCACUCGGAGGCCUGUGUCAUUAUUGUACCAUCCAUAACGCCUGUACUUUCAUACGACUACGACGAUGCAUCGCAGCAUUGACUGAUGACCAACUCCUUCGCUUCGCGUGAGGCAUGAAC